AAGAGAUCCCUCCACGGCGAAGCUGCGAUUAAGUGGAAUAACCUGUGGCUGACGCGAUCCAUUGCCACAUGUCCCUAGCUCCCGGGUGUGUGUCGAGCUCAAGGCAACUCGUGGUGAGACUGCCUUUCCUUGCCCUACCCUCGCGAGCACUCCCCUCCCCAGAACGGCCAAAGCCUCCAUCCACCACCACCACGACUAACCCUGCCCCUCCCCAAAGCGGCUUAGCCCAGCCUCUCCCUAUCCCGCUGACUCCUUGGAGUGAAGGAGAGCCACGCGUAGAGAGAGUGGCAGCGUGAGUGAGUGAGAGGACAGAGCUCUCCGGCCGUCGGAGACAGGCACGAGCCGAGGGGCUGUGAUGGAAAAGGGAAAAGUGCUGGAGCAGCUGCUGCCGGAACUCUCCUCCUUCCUGGAGAUCAUCGACCAGGAGCCGCUGGGAACCACCGCUCGACGCAAGCAGCAGCUCAUCCAGACCUUCAUCCAGCAGCUCAAAUCGUCGUCCGGAGACGAUGGCGAGUACAUGUACAUGAACAGCAUUUCUCCGACCCUGAAGACAUUAAUAGCGGAGAGGGCCUCCGCCUCUGCAAACGAGGAGAGUGCGGGGUCUUCUUCACUCAAGACUCCCCCGUCUCGGACCCUCCCACGGCCCAAACUUCCACUGCCCAGAAUCCCAGAGCUGCCCACGCCUGAUCCCGAGGAAGGCUCUCCUUCAUCUCCGGAAGAUCAUUACGAAGAGGCCGUCUCGUUUGGAUCGGGAAUACUCCCAGAGUUCAACCACUUCUUCGACUGCAGGAGUCCAGCCACAGCCUCCAGUGUGGAUGCUGAAGGCUGUUACGAAGACGCCACGUACCCCCCGACCCCCAACUCCACCACGCCGGACAACAGAGACGAUUCCGACGCCCUCAGCAGCUCGUACGAAUCGUACGAGGAAGAGGACGACGAUGGGAAGGGUCAGAGGUCGACGCCUCAGUGGCCUCCGCCGGAGGCGUCCUUGGGUCUGGCGCAGGGCUCGCGCAUGUGCGCCUUCAUGCUCCGCAAGAAGCGGUUCGGCCAGUGGGCCAAGCAGCUGUGCGUGCUCAGGGGCGACCGGCUGCUGUGCUACAAGAACUCGCGGCAGAAGAGCCCGCAGCUGGAGCUGGCGCUGGGAGGCUGCGCGGUGGUGUACGCCGUCAAGUCCGGCAGGCGGAAGACGCGGCACGAGAUCCGCAUCUCACGCGCGGACUCCGAUCCGCUGGUGCUCGCCGCCGCCAGCAGGGAGCACGCGGAGCACUGGAGGCAGGUGCUUCAGGAAAUCUGCGACCCAGAGAAUAAGAUGGCGGUGGCAGCGGCGGCGGCGGCGACGGGAGAGGCCAGCGGCACUCCGCCUCGGGCCAAGGAGGAGCUUGAAAAGAGGUGUUCCCUGGAGACUCCUGGCUCAGACGCUGAGAGCAUCGUGACCGUGAGCAGCGGUGAGGGCUUGCCGAGCGACGCGGACGGGAAGGACGGAAGCAAAGCGGCCCGUCCCGGGUGGUCUCUCGGCAAAGCGACGGGCAAGAGGCUGACGCAGAUCAUCGGGCGACGACAGAAGAAGAAGGAGCUGCCCGAGUCUCCGCAGCGGAGCGCGCGGGGCGGCGGUUCGAGCGGCGGCGGCGGCGGCGGCGGCGGCGUUGGUGGCGCGGGGGACGCUGACGCGUCUGGCUGCCUGAGCGUGCUGACGGAGAGCGGCUGGCAGGAGUGCUGGGGCUCGCUGGAGGGGCGCACGCUGUUCCUGGGCAGCGGCGGCGGCGGCGCCAAGGGGGAGCCCCCCGUGGGCAGCACCGCCCUGCACGGCUGCCGCUUGGCCGCGGGCCUCGUGCCCAAACAUCCGCUCGCCUUCCGCCUGCUCCGCGGGGACAAGGAGGUCGCCACGCUUGAGGCCGCCUCGUGGGUGGAGACGGGGCGCUGGGUGGGCCUGCUGCUGGCCGCCACGGGCUGCGGCACGGAGCCCGAGUCGCUGCUCUACGAGCACGUCGACACGGAGACGUCCUCGCGCUUCCUGCACGCCGCCAAGCUCUCGCGCGGAAUCAAAGUGCGGCAGGCAUCGUCGCCCAACGUGUACACGGACGGCCCGCCAUGCCGCAGCAGGGAUCACUCCCCGUCCGACGACCCGUACGAGAACCUCACGCGGGGUGUCGCCCUCGCCGCCACCGCCGGCGGGGCCCUCUGCUCCGCGAGCGACGGGCCCCGCGACCCCGCGACCCCCGAGGAGCAUGCGCCGUCGGAGGGCCCGUCGGUGCCGCCGGCGCCGACGCCGUGCGGGACGGACGGCGGCGACGGUGACGCCGGGCUGCGGGAGCUCGCCGAGGAGAUCAUGCGGGACAUUGGCGGUCGCCUGCUGCACGAUCCCGGAGACUACGUGAGCAUCGCGCGUGGGCUGGAGGGCGGCGGCGGCGGCGGCGGUGGCGGCGGCGCUGGCUCCUCGCGGCAGUGGGACGCUGCCACUGUGGAGGGGCACGAGAGAGAUUCUCCUGCGCCCGGCGACAAGGAGACCGAGCGAACCUCCUGCGACGUCGACUCCUGCUCCUCCUCCACCACCUCCUCCUCCUCCUCCUCGUGCUUCGCGGACGCGAGCGGCGCGAGGGGCGACGCGCCGCGCGACAAGGACGGCAAGAGGAGGGCGGCGCUGCUGGCGGAGCCGAGCCUCGGCCAGCGCUACGGGCGGCGGCGCGUGGAGGCCGACGCCGCGCGCCUGCAGGCCGAGGCGCUGGAGCUGCAGCGGAGGCGCGAGGACGUCCGCUCGCGCCUCUCCGGGCUGCGGCGCGAGCGCAGGGAGGCGCGCGAGGUGCUGGAGGCGAGGCAAGGCGACGGUGGCGCCCCGGGGGAGACGGAGGUGGCGGAGCUGCGGCUGCUGGAGGAGCGGUGCCGCGCGUGCGAGGGCGAGCGCGUCGACCUGGAGCUGCGUCUCAUCGAGGUGACGGAGCGGCUGAAGCACGCGCUCUCCGGGGGGCCCUCGCUGGGGCUCACCAUCUCGCCCCGGCCGGCCGAGCGAGACGCCGUCCCCCAGGUUCCCGAAGGACGUCGGAGGGACCUGCCCUGCUGCGACACGGCCGACUCGGAGGUGCGACUGCUGCCCGUCAACAGCCAGGCCGCCAUGCGGCGCCGUCCUCUCUCCAUCUAUGCGCUCGCCUGCUCCGGCGCUGUCUUGCAGAAGGCCAAGGAGUGGGAGACCAAGAAAGGAACGUAGAAAUCUGGACGAAGUCUGUGACGAUGGUCAUGGCCUUUGCGGUGCGAUUCGCAGUCAUAGCGGACUUUGCUGUUUGCAAAAUCUUCACAUGGUACCCCUGUUUGCGUUAACUCUACAGCUUGCAUUCCGAGCCCUUUGAAGAAUUGAGGUACGCACUAAACACUUGCUGGGAUAGCGUUCUUCAACGGAAGCCAAUGCGGAGAUUCACAUGCUAGGAGAGGGACUGAAUCUGUCUUGUGAUUUUGAAAUUCUUUCAUCAUGAGUACCUGCAUACAUUUAUCCACUCUUAACUAUGCAUUGCAGUAAUUUAAUUUUUUCAAAUACUGCCUGUAAGAGACCACUUAAUUUUUUUGUUUCAGUGUAUUUAAUGUAAAAUAGGAGUCAAUAGUAUUUAUAUUAUUUCCUUUGAAUUAAUUUUGCAACUAUUAAUCACGCCUAGUAAUGUACGUGCCUUUUGAUAACUCCAAAUAGAUCUUCAUUCAUUCUUUAAUUUGCUAAUAUCGUAAAACAUUUAGCUUUUUAUAUACGGAUGUAUAUAAUGCACCCCGAUUAUACUAAGAUGUCUUAGGUUCAUGUGCAUACUUGCGAAAGCCAUUGACGUCAAGUAUGCGUUUAAAUGGCACCAACACUGCAGGUCAAGUGACUUGGUUAAUUUUGUGCAUUUUAACGAUAGACCCCACAGUAUUUGUAUAUGGACGCAAGUUCUUUUAUAAAGUCCGAGUGUGUUUUCUACUGAUGUUUGAGUGCUGUCUGUUCUGGCACUAAACGUUCUCUGAAUUUUAUAAAGAAGAAAAAAUGAAAAUAAAGUUCGUACAAAAUUGAACAACAAAAAGUUUGCCGCGGAAUUAUUGUUCACGUGUGGUUAUAAUAAUUGGGGAUGGGAGGAUGCUAUGUUUGUGUGGCGGCGAGAGACUGCACCAUAAAUAUAUUCACUAAAGAAUGAACCGACGAACUGUGGUUAAAUUUAAUGUCUGCACUUACAUGGGACUAACUUCAAUACAAAUAUAAAACGACCGUAAAC